AUGCUGCUGCACGAAGUAGGGCCGAAGCUGUUGGGUCUUCGUCCAGACUAUCGCAUCGCAUCAAUCAAUCGCACCGAGCUCUCCACGAUUUGUGGCCGGCUUCUAGCGUUCCGCCCUUGCGGAGAGAACACCACAACGUCCCAUCGCGUGUUGACGCUAUUUCCCACUGAACCCAACCCAGGCCAGGCCCAGCCCAGCCCCAUGGGGCCAGAGAUCUGGGUUGGCAUCCAGAACUGCGUGGGAGAGGAGUCAGUGAGCGAGUGGAGGGCUCCACACCGUUGGGCAGCUGUUGUGCUGUGUGAUGAGAAACGCCGAGAUGAGAAGGCCCGUUUGACCGUUGUUCCUAUUCUCGUGUCCAUCCUGUUUUGGUGCUGA